AUGGGCGACCUAUCGAAACGAAGCAUCACAACCGGGAAGACAUCCACGGGUGCGGCGAGUAAAUGGAGGACUCACACAUCCAAUUUUUAUGACGCCCAAGAGCCACAGUUGACUCCCGGGUGCAUCAAUAUCUCGCCUUGCUGCUUUCAACAGGGGCAUGAGGUUUAUGGUUUUAUGCCGGAAGUCUCCGCCACCUUGAAGGGCGGUAGGAGCCUGUCGGUCAUCACAGACACGCAGCGUCCGGGCCUUGUAUCAUCGGCCGCCCUUCGCGUGAUGCACCCAAAGUUAUAUGUAGCAUCAAUAUCCACCCAAGUAGAGCUUGGGAAUUGGGCGGCCACACAAGGACUGGAUGACAUGUGCACAUUUCUUGAGCACUGGACAUCCGUCUAUACUGGCGCGGCAAUUAUUUGUAACAGGAAGUCACCCAGUCAUCGUGAUCCGAAAUGCCCCCCAGAAGGCUUUGAUAUCCUCACUUGUAUAGGAGGCUAUGACCAUGGCGUGAUGCACCUAACCAACUUGGGCAUCGACCUGGCUUAUGAUCCGGGAGUCAUGGUGAGCUAUUCUGGCCACCUUGUGAGGCACGGGGUUCAGGUUAACAAGGGCGACAGAAUUGUUUGGUCUUGGUUUAUGCGUGAUAGUGUGCAUAAUUAUGCUCGGACCCCAUGCACAGAGUACGCAAAAUACAAUCUAGCCGACUUUGCGACAUACCACCUAGCACAGUACAAUCAGGCAGAUUUUGUUCGGUACUGCACGUUGUAG